UCUGUUUGCACUUUGGGUUUAUAUUAAUUAUCGCUUUCUACGUAAGUCCUUAUUGUAGAUUGAAUUAUUGUAGACAUCAGAUGGAUUGCGCUGUGUUGUGCUUUGUUUUAUUUUGCACCAUGUCGUUUUCAUACGGCGACGAAGGUUAUGAUACAGAUCCAUGUGAACCCGGAGACACUGGGGUUUACCCUCACAGCAAAUGUCAGAUGUACUACAACUGCUCUAUGAAGAUAACUGAGUUCCGGCCCUGGCUUGGCGACCACGUAAUGGAGUGCCAUUAUCCAGAUCUGUUCAGUACGCUUACAGAGUCGUGUGCGAAUUUCAAAACUGUUACUUGUGGAAGCAGGAAAGAAUUUAAACAUGGGUGUGAAUAUCUCAACAACCAGUGUAACGGACCACAAUGCCGGAGUUGUAUCUAUGACUACUCCAAGUGUACGGUAAGGAACGGCUUUAUACCGAUGGACAGUAUGCCAAAUUCUCCGUACUAUGGAGAGUGCGACGAGUGGAGGUUUACCAAGAUGACAUGUCCUCGCGGAAAGAUAUUUGAUCAGACAUCAAAAGUGUGUAAACCUUAUUGAAAUAUCAAAAUAAUAUGUUCUUUGAACAAUAAAGAAAAGUGAUUUUUUUUCACAUUGAAGAAUA